AUGGAGAUUAUAAGAAGAUUAUUUCGAAAAAACAGAAUGUUGGAGAAUAUGCAGAAGAUGCUUGAUGAAGUGCCAACAAUGUUGGAGCAAAUUGAUUUCGUUCUCAAUGAAUCAUACAGAUUCCAUUGCAACAGAGAUCUUCAGAGCACCAGGGAAAACCCAAGACUAUGUUAUUUUCUUAAUGUAGCUAAAGAAAUGGAAGGUCCUAGUCAUGAUCUGAGAGAAGCCAUAGUCUUUUUCAAUGAUAUGUGCAUCCAGCAGAUGGUUCUGUACGAAGAUCUUCGGUUCUUGCUGACAGCCUUUGAGGAUUCUUCAGUCAAAUGGCAUGGCCGUAAUGAAAUGGAGAAAGAUGUCAAUUAUAUUGUCAACAGAGCAGCAGAUUUUGUACAAGAAUGGAUGAUAGACAAUUCUAUUGUGUCAGAAAUGAGGUAUUUAAUAGAUAUAUUAGUUCUCAAGUGCACUGAAAAAUCUCCAGAUAGGAAAAUUAAUCUUGAAGCAGCAAUCAAAAGCAGUUUUGAUGGCGAGAGAGGCAUUCACCACUACUUUUUACACAUAUCUGGAGAGAUUCGAUUCAUUAGGAGAAAGAUCAGACGGAUUAGAGGGAUAAAUGGUACUACACUCAGUUUAAAAGCCUUGCAGCUGGAGAGUAACCUUCCCCUCAAGGGACACUCAUUAUCUGAUUCAAAUCUGAGGAAUAUUGUAGUUGGUUUUGAUGCUGAUUUGAUGAAAAUUAUGGAUAGACUAGCAAGACCCUCGCUGGGACGAGAAGUUCUAGCAAUUGUGGGGAUGGGUGGCAUUGGUGAAACUACUCUAGCUAGACAAAUGUUUGAUCACCCUGAUACUGCUUUUCAAUUUCAUUGUCGGGCAUGGGUUACAGUAUCUCAAGUAUACCAAUUGAGAAAUUUGUUGCUUGAUCUUUUGCCCUCUAUUACUAAGCCGUCUGAUAAAGUUCAUGAAAAGUGCAGUGAAAAGACUAAUGAAGAUCUUACUGAUGACUUGUAUAAAUGUCUAAAAGGUAGGAAGUACCUGGUUGUUAUGGAUGAUGUAUGGAGUAAUGAGGCCUGGGAUUGUAUCCAAAUGUGUCUUCCAGACGACAAAAAUGGUAGUCGAAUAGUAAUGACCAGCCGGUUAGUGGAAUUAGCAACCUAUGUUAGUCCAAAGAACCAUCCUCAUUGUAUGAGUCUUUUGGAUAUAGAGCAAAGCUGGGAACUGUUGGAAAAACUUGUUUUUGGAUUUGAAAGUUGCCCUCUUGAAUUGGUGGACUUGGGAAAGCAAAUAGCAAGAAAAUGCCAUGGAUUACCCCUUGCAAUUGUUAUUAUAGCUGGCACUCUGUCUAGAACUGUGAUGACAUCUGACUGCUGGAAGGAUUUUGCAGCUAGUGCAAGUUCAGUUGUACUCACUAAUCCAGAACAAUGUUUAGAUAUACUUGCUCUAAGUUAUAACUACUUGCCCCUAUACCUUAAAAUUUGCUUUCUAUACAUGGGGGCCUUUCCUGAAGAUUAUGAGAUUGAAGUUCAGAAGUUAAUUCGUUUAUGGAUUGCUGAGGGCUUCUUGAAAGCAAGUUCUUCAAAUAAUCCUGAAGAUGUAGCGGAGGACUACUUGGAAGAUCUUAUUGAUAGGAGUUUAGUUUUGGUUGGGAAAAGGAAUGUAGAUGGCAAAAUCAAAACUUGUCGACUACACGACCUCUUGCGGGAAUUAUGUUUGAGGGAAGCUCAAAAAGAGAACAUCAUGUCUGUAAUAAAACAUGAGAACCAAAGUUUUCCUGCAAAAGAUAAUCAAAAUUUUCUGGUUUUGCACUUGAACUCUGAUGCUGAUGUCCACUUAGCACCUCCAUAUACAAGCAUGGUUCAAAGUCACGGUCGCGGCUUGAAUCGUUCCACAUCAGUCUCGGCAUAUCGGUCGCGGUCUCGGGGAGACGCGAAUUUUUAA